AUGGCCCAAUCAGCUUGGGUGGACGAGCUCCCCAGUAUCCUGUGGUCCUUGCGGACCACCCCCAAGGCCGCGAUCGGAGAAUCCCCUUACAGCCUCUCAUUUGGGACCGAGGCUGUCUUGCCUCCCGAAAUGGUUUUCCCUACCCCGAGGACGGCAGGAUAUGACGAACGAGUAUCGACCCCGGGGCUGCGAGCCGAUCUCAAUCUGCUCGAGGCGCGGCGCGCUAAUGCGCACCUGAAAGACCUCUCCUAUAAAAGGGCCGUCGCUAGAAUCUAUAACCGCAAGGUGCGGCCUCGGCCAAUUAAGCUGGGUGACUUGGUCUUACGCAGGGCCGAGGUUAGCGACCCGACCCGAGCACGUGGGAAGUUAGCUCCCAAUUGCGAAGGCCCUUAUCGGGUGAUCGAAGUGGUUAGGGUCGGUACGUACUGA